AUGUCUUCCUCAGAUAAACUAAAGAUUCCUCUCCAAGAAAUAUUAUUGGCAACCGACGGAUUUGAUAAAGAAAAUAUCAUUGGAAAGGGUGGAUACGGCCUAGUGUACCAAGGAAAAUCAGAACAGCAUGGUAUGCUCGCCAUAAAGCGGUUGAAUCGUGUGUACAGCGGACAAGGAGAGCAUGAGUAUGGGAUGGAAGUUUCACUGCUCUCAAACUAUAAACAUGAAAACCUUGUCUCUCUUAUCGGGUUUUGUGGAGAAGAUGGGGAGAAGAUCCUGGUUUACAAAUAUGAACCAAAUGGGAGUCUUGACAAGGCUUUGCGUGAAAAAGAUUUAUCCUGGAUGUGUCGUCUUGAGAUUUGCUUGGGCGCUGCGCGUGGGUUGAGGUACCUUCAUAAUGAAACUGGGUCUGGACAAGGAGUUAUUCAUCGUGAUAUUAAGAGUUCAAACAUCCUUUUGGAUGAGAACUGGAAGGCCAAGAUUUCAGAUUUUGGAUUAUCUAAAAUAGUUCUUACAAGUUCGGCCGAUUCAACUGUGUUCACCACUCCUUGUGGAACACGGGGAUAUGUUGACCCACAAAUACUAUAUGGUGGUAUCACACAAAAAGCUGAUGUUUAUUCUUUCGGGGUUGUAUUGUUUGAAGUCUUGUUUGGAAAGCUUGUAACUCUUCCGGAAUUUCUUGGUGAUCGUCAUUUUACGGUCAAAAUGGCCCAAGAGUAUUACGAAACAAAUAAACUGGAUAAGAUGAUAGAUCCUGAUCUAAGAAGUCAAAUGAAACUAGCUUCCCUUAGAACAUUCUCAUUCACUGCCUACCGAUGCUUAAAGAAUCUUAUAAAAGAUCGUCCUACAAUGAGCGUGGUCGUGGAAGAACUCGAGAAAGCUUUGAGCUAUCAACAAUGGAGCAAUGGUCCCGGUCGUGUGGCAGUAAGCCUCUGGGAAGAAUUGCAAAAAGCAGGAGCGUCCCAAAGUGAAUCAGAUUUUGAUGUGUCAGAACUUGAGACAUUUUCUGCUAGAGUUCCAAAGAAAGGAGGGCGACGCCACUCAAGAGGUUCAAAAUAUGGGAAAGUCCACCUGGUUGAUUUGAGGAGGUCCAAUAACAUCGAAAUCAUGCUCAUGAAGGUUAAGACCCCCCUACACGACAUGAUGGCUGCAGCUUUAGCUAUGGAUGAAUCAAUCUUUGAUGGCAAUCAAAUAGAGAGUCUUAUCAUGUUUUGUCCCACUAAAGAAGAGAUGGAGCUCCUCAAGGUACUAUUGAUAUUUUUUUAUAUAUACAUGUUGUAUUACUGGAUGUUGCAAACUUGCAAUAUGCAGCGGAUUAGGUAAUUGGUCCAAACAUUUAAGUUUUGGUGCCGGUUGAAGCUAAUCAAGUCAGGCCGGGUCAACCGAAAACAAUCCAAAUUUUCACUUUUUUAUGAACUA